AUGACCUCGUUAACCUGGAGACUGCUUUGUUUCAUCUGCCUCCUGGCGCCUGGAACUGUGGGAACUUCCACACAGUUUGGGUCACGCAGCCGGCAGAUCCACUCAAUAAGUCCUUCAAUCCCACGAGUAUCCUCGCAGGUCUCUCCAAGACUCCAUCAGCGCUUUGGAGAGAUCAAAUCUAUUGAACCGAGAUUUGAAGAAGAUCCGACUGCUGAAAGUUUCCUAGAGCUCCAGCAGCCGGGUGCUCAGUCAGCACGAGGGUCCCAGCAGCAGCAGGGGGCCCGGGCCGGGGCCAACAGCUACCUGCAGGAGAGACAGGGAGCAGACAAUGGAGCAACAAGAUCCAACUGCAAAAAUCGUCCUAUAGACCUGGUCUUCAUUAUAGACAGCUCCCGCAGUGUACGCCCUUCUGAGUUUGAAAAGGCCAAGGAGUUCCUGCAACACAUGGUGGAGAGCAUGGCGAUCGGCUCAGAUGCCACACGAGUCGGCGUUGUCAAUUAUGCCAGCACGGUGAAGAUCGAGUUUCUUCUGAAGACGUAUUUUUCGAAGCCAGCCAUGAAGCAGGCACUGGCACAAGUCGAGCCUCUCGCUUCAGGCACCAUGACAGGAUUGGCCAUCAAGACUGCCAUGGAGAAAGCUUUCACUGUGGAAGCAGGAGCCCGAACUGGCUCCGCGAACAUCGCCAAAGUAGCCAUUAUCGUGACGGAUGGGAGGCCCCAGGAUAAGGUGGAGGAAAUAUCAGCCGCAGCUCGGGCAUCUGGGAUUGAGAUCUAUGCAGUGGGAGUAGACAGAGCCGAUAUGAUGUCCCUGCGCCUCAUGGCUAGCCAGCCACACGAUGACCAUGUCUUCUACGUGGAGACCUAUGGUGUCAUUGAGAAGCUCACUUUAAAAUUUAGGGAAACCUUGUGUGGUUUGGAUGCAUGUGCUCAGGGAAACAAUUGCCAACAUCUGUGUGUCAACAAUGACAACUCGUACAACUGCAAGUGUCGCGAGGGCUACGUCUUGAACCCGGACAAGAAAACAUGCGCACGUUCAGACACAUGUGCCCAGGGACAUGACUGCCAACAUAUUUGUGUCAGCACUGAUGACUCGUUUGUCUGCAAGUGUCGAAUGGGAUAUGUGUUGAAUGCAGACCAAAAAACUUGCUCACGUUCAUCUUCGGAUGCAUGUCCCCAGGGACACAAUUGCCAGCACAUUUGUGCCAAAAAUGGGAACUCUUACAUCUGCAAGUGUCGGGUUGGGUACAUCUUGAACAUGGAUCAGAAAACAUGCUCACGUUCAGAUGCAUGUGCUCAGGGGCAUGACUGCCAGCAGAUCUGCAUCAACAAUGGUUCCUCUUACAACUGCAAGUGUGAAGUGGGAUACGUAUUGAAUUCUGACCAGAAAACAUGCUCACAGGAAAUGAGAGGUGAGAUAACUCAAGAUGCCUGCAUGUGUGAAGCUCAGAUUUUGUUCCAGAAAAAAGUGCAGUCCACCAUUCAGGAGCUGAGCAGAAAACUUGAUGAACUUUCAGACAAAGUGACCCUGAUUGAGGGCGAGCAGCAGUAUUGA